CAUUGUGUCAACUUAUUUCGCAAGUAUGGAGAACAGCGAUAGAUGGACGGACGCUGAAGUGCAAGCACUUUUGAACAUUUACGCAACUGCGGAAAUCCAGUUGGAAUUCGAAGGAACAAAGCGCAACAUAAAGGUGUUUGCGUCUAUUGCUUCUCAGCUAGUGACGCUGGGUAUCCAGCAUACAGCUAAGCAGUGAUGUGACAAAAUUAAGAAGUUAAAAUAAGACUACAAACGAAUUAAAGACCACAACAAUCAGAGCGGCGCCGACAGAAAAUCGAGCAAGUGGUACCAGCUACUGGAUAGCAUUCUUGGCCACAGACCGGCUUAUUCUGGUAGCGCCGGGACAAAGGAUUCAGCUGUUGGGCUUCGGGGGACGCUGACCACAGAGAGCUCGCCAACCAACUCCGUCGCUGAAGGUACAGCACCUGAGUCCUCUUUUGUUGCAGAGGCACAACAUAGUGAUGCCAAUUUGAUGGACAUCAGUGGCACUCUAUGCAGUCCCCUCAUUCAUACGUCUUGCAGUACCCCCAGCCGCCCUGUCUCUCCACCACCUGUCAGACCAGUUGCAAAGAGACGAAAGGUUGAUGCUAGUGUCGUAAGUCUGGUGAAAGAGAUGACGGAGAAAGAGGAAGUGGACCGCACACAAAGUCGGGAGCAAAUGCAAAGCCUUAUUGACAUUUUAAUGGAGCAGGCACAGAGAGAAGCUGAGGAGCGUGAGCGGCUGCUUAUACAGGAGGCAGAGGCACGGCGUCAGCAAGCUUUUUUUAUGGAAGGCCUUCUGGCCACCAUGAACAAGCUAGUGGCAGUUGCAAAGAGACGAAAGGUUGAUGCUACUGUCGCACAGCGAGAAGCUGAGGAGCGUGACCGGCUGCUUAUACAGGAGGCAGAGGCACGGCGUCAGCAGGCUUUUUUUAUGGAGGGCCUUCUGGCCACCAUGAUGUUUUAUCAGUAA